AUGUUCGCAUCCGCACAUCCGCAUCAGGCGUGGCGCGCCCUCACCCUCGUCCUCGUCAGCAUGCUAGUUUGGUGCUCGCCCCCAGCACACGCGAGCCCAACAUACACAUCGCUCGAGUCUCGCUCCCAAUCUCCCUUCCUCUCACCCGGGGCGUCCCAAGAAAACUACGAUGCCGCCGGUGUGCAACGAGUCAACGUCACCCUCGCCGUCAUGUCGCGAUGUCCCGAUGCCCUGGCAUGCGAGGCCGCCUUCGACAAGGUCCUGGACCGCGUAAACGCAAAGACCCGCCUCACCAUGACCUACAUCGGUACUCCCGACAACGACAAGCGCCAACACAGGUACGGCGCCGUCUGCAAGCACGGCGAGCAAGAGUGUGCCGGAAACGUACAGCAACUCUGCGUCCAGGAUGCGCUCAAUCCCGUACGCGCCGGCGAAGACUUUGACCUCAGCCCCAGCGCCGCCCAGAAAAAGUGGUGGAACUUCCUCCAGUGCCAAAACUACGCCGGCCUCGCCAAAAUUGGCGACGAAGAUCUCGCACAACGAUGCCUCCGCCUCAUCGAUGGUCCCGCCUGGCAGAAGGACGGCAUUGCAGACUGCGUCCACGGUAAACACGGCCGUAAACUGCUUCAGCGCAGCGUCAAGGCCUCCCAACGCGCCAACACCGGCACCUCGUGCACCAUCGUCUUUGAAAGCGGUAAGCGCUGCAUCCGCGACGGAGGCGCUUGGAAAAACUGCGACCUCGGUCACGAACCCGCCGACUUUAUCGCAGAGAUCGAACGCAUCUGGUCCGACAAAAACGCAAAGGCAAAGCUCGACCAAUCCUCCAGCCAGCUCGCCAGCCAAACCAUUCCGCAGCCUCCAAGCAGACUCAACAAGCGACAGUCCUCCACCUCCUCGGCCCCUCCCACCCAGACCGACUACAACAACCCUUUCGCAGGCUCGCGUACUCCGCCUAGCGUAUUCUACAAGUCUCUUACCACCGCCUUUCCUUUCUCUCGCUCCUCCGCUGCUUUCGCACUCUGGCAGCCUCGCUCCCCUUCCACAAACGCCCAACGCACUUCCACCCGCCUCGUCCGGCGACAAAGCUCCUCCAACCCUUUCCCGUUCUCAGGUCCUAACCUUCCCGUUCCCUUCCUCGCCUUUGCCGUAACAGCCAUCGCCCUUUUCGUCAUCGUCGUCUGCUUCGUCCUCUUGAGGAUCGUCAUGCGCAAUCGCCGCCUCCGUCGACUCGGCUUGCUUCCCGACGGACCCUUCGACCGUCUCCUUGGCCCAACGAGAGAGAUCGAAGACACCCUGCCCCCGCCCAAGCUGCUCGAGGCUCGCAUCGCUCACGACUUCCGCCCCACUGCCCUCGACGCCGAUGUAAAGGCUCGCGGCUGGGACGCCGUCAUGCCCAUCUCGGCCGCAGUUCCACCGGUCCUCUACUCGGAUCUUUUCCCCAACAACGCCAAAUCCAAAGGUCAAGACAACAACACCAACAACAUUGCCAACGGUCAAGCGCCAGGCGAGAGACAGACCGCUGACGGCACAGCCAGCCACUCGUAUCCCCCAACCUCGGCAUCCUCGGGCAGAUUGACGCGUCGUCUGCACGUUCCGUCCUUCCUCCGUCGCAAUGGCGACGCAAGUCACGCCAGCGAAGGCGCAGACGGCAGCAGCCAUGGCGCUCUCAACGAAUCAGGCGCAGGCGUCGCCGAUGGAGACUCCAAACGCGCGCUUCCCGACUCCAGCACUCCAGCCUCGGUCAACGUCACUGUCCUCAUCGCCAUGCCGUCGCAGCGCACCGUCUUCCCUUCCGCGCACCUCUCCAACAAUGCAUCGGCACUCAAGUCGCAGCGAUCGCUUAAGCUCGAUCCGGCUGCCUCGGCCAAGAUCGACGAGGUGGAGGAAGGCGCCGGCGACGCCUCUCGCAGCCUCAGACGCACCGCCAGUAUCAAGAGCUUCCGCACCGCCGCUUCCGCCAAGAGCAUCGGCGACGCACGCAGGGAGGCCUUUUUCAACAAGAUGAACGAGGACGAGGGCAAUACGGCCAAUGCGGCCGACAUCCACAACACGCAUCUCGACGAUGAAGACGAGGAGGAACUGCCAGAACUCGUGUUUGGAACCGCCAGCGUGCCCAUCUUCACUCGCAUCCACGGUUCCGCAGCCGGACGCGAGCCUUUUGCCGGCACGUCGGAAGCCUACCAGCCGCUCCGAUCCGAACUCAUGCGCCUCGUCACAAACGCGCACGAGGCUCGCGAGCGCAAGGCUGCCAUGGAGGCCGCCGCCAAGCAGGCCGAGAAGGACGCGUCCAAUGAAGAUGAUGGUCAGACCACCAUCGACGCGCGGUCCACAAACCAAGGCGGCGUUGCGGCCAAUGCCCGAAAUGCGGAUGGCACCACCAAUGGCCCUCGUGUCAGCGGCAGCGAAACGAUCGACAGCGAGACCGCCGCUGUUCUCGGGGCGCCGGGCUUGUCCACCGUCCCUGCUGCAUCUCACCAGGAGGGGCUUGGUGACGUGGUGACACGGAUGAUGAUGCCCGAGCCCAUGGUCGCGCAGCAUGGCAACGUCGCGCUGGGAGCAGACCCCGUGCCUGCGUCUGCCAUCAAUGGUCCCAUGACGCGCUUUUCGGAAGACCCACGACCCAGCAUUAGUGUCAACUCGAACCUGUCUCGCGACGAGAUGACCACUCCUGCGCCUGGCGAUGGUCCUAGCGGCUACAACACGUCGACACUCACUCUCGACCCGUUGCUCGGCGAUCGUGCCGGCACCUACGGCGGCGCAGACCAACACACCGCCGCUCCCACUGCUGCAACGCGUACGUCGUCCUAA